GCGGUCUGUCCCGUGAUUUCGCGAUGAAUUGGCGUUAAAGUGGUUCAAUAGAAGGAGAGCAGGGGCGGCUGUUGCCUGGAGGGCACGUUGAGCGCGCUUACCCCAAAUGGUUUGUUUGUAUGGCUCGACAGGAGAUGAAAAUGAAAUGAUAUCUCCCAAAACUGAGUUGCUGCUUCCUUCCUUCUCCUUUGUGGCACUCAUCCUUCGUCUCUUCUUGUCAACUGAACUCGUCCUCUCAGCUGAAGUUCGUUCGAAUUUUCCAUCAGGUCCAUCUCACUUGACUUUGAGGUUGUUGAUCAAUCUUGACACGGUCGUGGAGUGAGUGCCCUGUCUCACCCUUCUUUCCUACUUCCACGCCCCAUUGUUUGUUUACUUUCGGACGCGCCUUCACACACUUCACACCUUUGUUUCCUCCUGAGACCCCAUCAGUUCGUCGCGAUGCCGCCCAGACGAGCAAAGAAGGAAGCGGCUGCCCCAGCCAAACUUCCGCUUGAAGACUGUCGCAUUGUCUUUAGCGGAACCUUUGUUGGCGGUCAAGACCAGCACAAGAAAACAGCAGAGUCCCUCGGAGCAAACACCACCGGGACUACCAUCGUGCAGAGCGUCACCCAUGUAAUCUACUCGGACAAGAGCACCGACAAAAUAAGCGCCAAAGUCAAGCAGGCACACGGAAUGAGCAUCCCCGUUGUCAGCAUUGACUGGCUGCUGAAGACCAAAGAGACCAACACCCGACAUCCUGAGAAGGAUUACGCUCUGGACUUGUCCUCUUUGGAUGCCGCAAGCGACACCUCUGUGGCUGACGCAGAUACUACCUCCCAGACCAACGGCGAUGACACCAGAGGCACCAAGAGAAAGAGAUCGCCGUCGCCUGCCCAGGAUGGCGCCAAGGCUGAUGGUGAGGAGGAGGACACUCUGAAAAGGUCCAAACUCGAAACCAAAAGGGCCAUGGGCGAGGGCCAAAUCUUGAAGGACAAGACUGUGCAGAUUCCUGUGGACGCCGGCGCUCCAUAUGGCUUCGCCGUUCAUGUUGAUUCUGAUGGUCUUCUGACGCAGUCGAGCGGCUGGUGCGCUGUCUGGACGCGCUGGGGGCGUGUCGGAGAAUCCGGCCAGCACGCGCUCAUUGACUGCCAGUCUCUCCAAGAUGCCCUGCAAACUUUCGAAAAGAAGUUCAAGGACAAGUCGGGAUUGCUCUGGAGCAACCGAGGUGAUAACCCCAAGCCCAAGAAGUAUGCCUUCGUCGAGGUGAACUAUAAGGAUGAAUCCGAUGACGAAGAGGAAGCGGAGGGCAGCGCGGCCACGAAAGAAGAGAAAGAGGACCAGAAGCCCCUCAUUUGCACACUCCACCCUUCAGUGGCUAAGCUCAUGGAACUCAUCUUCAACCAGCAGUUAAUGGACAACACCAUGGCGGCACUUAAGUACGAUCGCAACAAGUUACCAUUGGGAAAGCUCAGCAAGGCCACCAUCAUGCGCGGUUUCCAGGCGCUUAAGAAUCUUUCGGAGCUGUUUGCCGACCCCGCCAAAGCUUCCCAAUAUGGUCUACCGUACCAGCAAGCGGUUGAGCACUUAUCAAACACCUAUUACUCCGUAAUUCCGCACGCGUUCGGUCGUGAGCGACCACCUGUCAUUGCGGCCGACGAGCAGUUGAAGCAGGAAAUCGAGCUGCUUGAGAACUUGAGCGAUUUGAAGGAAGCUAGCAACAUCAUGAAAGUCGACAAGACCAAGUUCGAUGUCCAUCCCCUUGACAGGCAGUACCAAGGCCUCAAGAUGCAGGAGAUGACGCCUUUGGACCGGGCUUCCACCGAGUUCGCCCAACUGGCAGACUACCUGGUCGAGACACGGGGUAAUACUCACGGUCUCAACUACCAAGUGGAGGAGAUAUUCCGUAUCGAGCGCCAGGGCGAGUUCGACCGCUUCGACCAGAGUGACUAUGCCGACGGCAAGAUGAAGCUCAAGAAGAAUCGCAAGCUUUUGUGGCACGGCUCCCGCUCCACCAAUUUUGGCGGUAUUCUCAGCCAGGGUCUCCGCAUCGCGCCGCCGGAGGCGCCCGUCAAUGGCUACAUGUUUGGCAAGGGUGUCUAUCUGGCAGAUAUGUCCAGCAAGUCAGCCGGCUACUGCUGUGCAUACAUGUCCAAUGGCACGGCCCUCCUCUUGCUGUGCGAGGCUGAGCUUGGCGACCCCAUCCAGGAGUUGACUGGUGCCGAUUACAAUGCUGGAGAGCACGCCAAGCAGAAGGGGAUGCUUUCCACGUGGGGCAAGGGAGGAACUGGCCCGUUGAAGUGGAAGGAUGCUGGCGCCGUGAACCCGGCACUGCAGGGGGUGAUGAUGCCCGACACCUCGGUCAAACCAGGCAACACAAACGUCCCGGGCUGUUCUCUGUUGUACAACGAGUACAUUGCGUAUGAUGUUGCUCAGAUUCGUCUGAGAUAUCUUUUCCGUGUCAAGAUAGCUUGAUACCCUCUCGUUUCUAUAUCGUCGAUCUGGGUUGGGUUGGGGUACUGCGCGGAGUUAAGGAGUUGGGUGGGGGAGAUGGAAAAGUUGGUAUUUCAUACCUUACUAUAGGGUCCCUUAUGGGUUUUAUUGCUCUUUGUUGUUAUUUCCUUGGUAAGGAUUUACGAGAUUAAUGUACUUUUAGCAGCUUUUAGCAGCUGGGCG